UUCCGCUGAGCUUCGCGCAGCCGUUUGUCCCUCGCGGCCUCCCGUCCGCGUACGAAUCUAGCCCGGGAACGGAGCGUCGGGGCAGCCUGUCCGCUCCUUACGGCUCCGGACGGGCGCGAUGUGCUCCCUGGGCUUGUUUCCCCCGCCGCCGCCGAGGGGCCAGGUCACCCUGUACGAGCACAACAACGAGCUGGUGACCGGCGACAGCUACGAGAGCCCGCCUCCCGACUUCCGGGGCCAGUGGAUCAAUCUUCCUGUGCUACACCUGACCAAGGAUCCCCUGAAAGCCCCUGGGAGGCUGGACCAUGGUACAAGGACUGCCUUCAUCCAGCACCGGGAGCAAGUCUGGAAGAGGUGCAUCAAUGUAUGGCGGGAUAUGGGCCUUUUUGGAGUCCUGAAUGAAAUUGCAAAUUCAGAGGAAGAAGUGUUUGAAUGGGUGAAGACAGCCUGCAGCUGGGCCCUGGCCGUCUGCCGAUGCGCCUCCUCCCUGCACGGCUCCCUGUUCCCACACCUGUCUCUCAGGAGUGAAGAUCUGAUCUCUGAAUUUUCCCAAGUAACUAACUGGGCUAGCUGCUGCCUCCGCGUCUUUGCGUGGCAUCCGCACACCAACAAGUUUGCAGUGGCUCUGCUGGACGACUCCAUCCGCGUGUACAACGCCAGCAGCACCAUCGUUCCUUCCCUGAAGCAUCGUCUGCAGCGGAAUGUCGCAGCCCUGGCCUGGAAGCCCCUCAGUGCCUCCAUCUUGGCUGUGGCAUGCCAGAGCUGUAUUCUCAUCUGGACCCUGGACCCCACCUCCUUAUCCACAAGACCCUCCUCUGGCUGCGCCCAGGUGCUGUCUCACCCUGGGCACGCACCAGUCACCAGCUUGGCUUGGGCCCCCAAUGGGGGACGGCUACUCUCUGCCUCACCGGUGGAUGCUGCUAUUCUGGUAUGGGAUGUCUCAACAGAAAUCUGUGUGCCCCUUCCUUGGUUCCGAGGAGGAGGGGUCACCAACUUGGUGUGGUCCCCAGAUGGCAGCAAAGUCCUGGCUACUACGCCAUCAGCUGUUUUCCGAGUCUGGGAGGCCCAGAUGUGGACUUGUGAGAGGUGGCCAACUCUCUCGGGGCGCUGUCAGACUGGCUGCUGGAGUCCGGAUGGAGAGCGACUGCUGUUCACAGUCCUGGGGGAGGCGCUGAUUUACUCCCUGUCUUUCCCAGGUCGAAGUGGAACAGAGGAGGGCCAUGUUGGAGGUGCAGCAUCAGCAACAAUCGUGGCCGAUCUUUCUGAGACAACAAUACAGACCCCAGAUGGAGAGGAGAGGCUCGGAGGGGAGGCCCACUCCAUGGUUUGGGACCCCAGUGGAGAGCGUCUGGCUGUGCUCAUGAAAGGAAACCCACGGGUACAGGAUGGGAACCCUGUUAUCCUCCUUUUCCGAACUCGGAACAGCCCCGUGUUUGAGUUACUUCCCUGUGGCAUUAUUCAGGGGGAACCCGGAGCCCAGGCUCAGCUCAUCACUUUCCAUCCUUCCUUCAACAAGGGGGCCUUGCUCAGUGUGUGCUGGUCCUCAGGCCGGAUCACCCACACCCCUCUGUACUUUGUUAAUGCUCAGUUUCCGAGAUUUAGUCCUCCUCUUGGCCGGGCCCAGGAGCCCCCAGCUGGAGGCGGAGGCUCUGUUCAUGAAGUGCCACUCUUUACUGAGACAUCACCGACCUCUGCCCCUUGGGACCCCCUCCCAGGCCUCCCACCUGCCCAGCCCCACUCCCCUCACUCCCACCUGUAAAUAAAGCCGUGUAUUCUA